UAUUCAAAGCGUGUUGAUGAGAGUGGAAAGGUUUGGAAACGUGAAAAGCGGGAAUUGUUUUACAGAAUGACACGAGGAAACACUGAAUUAGGGGACAUAACUCCUCACAACAUUAAGCAACUAAAACUCCUUAACCAAGUUGUCUUUCCUGUCACAUACAAUGACAAAUUCUAUAAAGAUGUUCUAGAGGUGGGAGAAUUAGCAAAAUUAGCGUACUUCAAUGACAUUGUGGUUGGAGCAGUGUGUUGUCGAGUGGACACUUCCGACCAGCAGAGACGACUGUACAUUAUGACUUUAGGCUGCUUAGCUCCAUACAGAAGAUUAGGCAUCGGUACAACAAUGGUGGAGCAUGUCCUGAAGAUCUGUGAAGAAGAUAAUAAUUUUGAUAAUGUAUUUCUACAUGUCCAAGUGAACAAUGAGAGUGCAAUAAAAUUCUAUGAGAAGUUUGGUUUCGAGAUUGUGGAAGAAAAAAAGAAUUAUUAUAAACGUAUAGAGCCAGCGGAUGCGUAUGUGUUACAAAAGUCAUUCCGUAAAAAAGACAAAAGUGAAAGUAAAGACAAUAAAGAACAAGAUGGAGAAAAUUGAAGCCGAGGAACGCCCAGUAUUUACAUAAACAGCUCUUGCUUUGUUUUCAAGGAAUUAUUUUGUUUUUGUUUUUAUGUACAAAUAAUAAUUUUUAGAACUAAGAACACAAUGGAGGAAAACUAGUUUUUGAGAAUUCAAUUUCAAUUUGUAAACAUACUUUACUUCUCUUGCACAAAUGUUUCUUUUUGUUUUAUUUUUCAACUUUAAUAUAUUUUCUACACAUAUUUACAUGCAUAACUUUUCAAAAUCAAAAUAUAUAAAUGAAGCAAACAAUUGUGUUUACUCAUAGUUCUAACAAACUGAAUCAACAAAGAUUCAAUAUUGGAAAUGAAAAGCAUGUUCUCCAUUAUAUAUGUAGAUACAUGUACAUACAUGUAUAAAUGUUCAUUGUUACAUUUAUUUUGGUAAAAACAUUCAUAUACAUGUAUAUAUCUACAAUGUAUUAACUUUUUUCUGCUCAUAUAAAAUUGAAUGAUCAGUUAAUUGCCUCUGGUUAUUUUGAAUAUAGUACAUGAGGUUUACUUUUGAGGGAUUCAUAGCAUUGUAUGCCUUAAUGGCAGUACAGAAGUUUGUGAGAUUCCCUUCCCUUCCCUUACUUUCGGUAAAUACAAAUGGAAACAUAUUUGG